AGAAUACAUUGAUUGCUGAAGUGCAAGGGAAAUCCAGAACUUCGAUUACCAAUGUAGUGAUUGUACGGAGGAAAAAAUAUCCGGUUCGGAAUAAGAUCUUCAAAGAUAUGUCGUUUGAUAAGAUACUAUAUCGAUUAGAUCAACCUCAUGGUCCAGGAACAAUUCAUAUAUCUUGGCAACCUGGUAAUGGUAAUUAUUUGGCUACUACAGGAUGUGAUUCAACAGUUGCCAUUAUAGAUAGACAAGGAGAAUUGCAGGAGCGUAUUCAAUUAUCUGGAUUGUGUACUGGAUUUGGUUGGGAUUCUGAUGGAGAUGUACUUGCUAUGGUAUCAAGUAGUUCGUCUAAUAUCAUUCUGUGGGAUGCAACUACUGGUAAACGAUCACAAGUUGAUACAGGAGUUAGAGAAGGACUAACAUGUAUGAUGUGGGCAAAAAAGAAUUGUUUGCUUGCUGUAGGAACUCUAAAAGGCAAUCUGGUUAUAUAUAAUCAUAUAAAUGCAAAGAGAAUACCAAUUUUGGGUAAACACAGAAAACGUAUCAUAUGUGGUGUAUGGUCAAUGGAAGGCUUGCUGGCAUUAGCUGGAGAAGAUAAAAUAUUAACUGUAAGCACCAGUGAUGGAGAUACACGUAGAGAAAUUGAGUUGCAUGGUGAACCAUCAGAGAUACAAUUUAGUGAAAUGAAAAUGGAUCAACGAGUUGGUGGAGAAAAUACAGUAUCACUUAUUAUUAGUAAAACAACCUUAUAUCUUUAUAAUAUACUAGAUCCAGAUAAUCCAAUUGAAUUAACAUUUCAAAAACGAUAUGGACCAAUUGUAUCUUACAAAUGGUAUGGAGAUGGUUAUAUAUUACUAGGAUUUGAAACAGGUUACAUUACUGCUAUUUCAACACAUAUAAAAGAAGUUGGUCAAGAACUUUUUCAGAUCAAGAAUCAUAGAGAUUCAUUAAAUGAUAUAGCCAUAAAUAAAAAAACAGGAAAAAUCGUGACUUGUGGAGAUAAUAAUUUGAAGAUUCAUAGCCUGCAAAAUAUUGAGGAGACUGAAAAGGUUAUAUCAGUAAGUGGUGAGGUAGGAAUUAGUACAGUAUCCUGGUCAAUGGAUGGAUCAAUGUUAACAGCUGUUACUCACAGUGGAACUGUUUUGAUUUAUUUAGUUCAAAUUCCAAAAUUAAUAAGCGUUUGUGGCAAUAGAAUAUUGGUACUUGCUAGCUUGACAAAAGUUGCUCUCUAUUUGUAUACUUUAGACAAGACUAAACUUCCUCCUCAAAUAAUAAAUACUAUAAUAGAACCAUCAAUAAUAGCAAUAGGACCAUUACACGUAGCAGUUGCAUUAAAUAAUAGAGCUUUAUUUUGGAAUUUAAGUACUGGACAGAAUAAUACCUCAACAAUGACACAUUUUGAAAAAGAUUAUUUAGCAUGUGUAAAUUCAAUGUAUUUAAACAAACUAUAUGCUUCAGUACUCAUUAAUGAUAAACUGCAAAUACACGCGAUUAAAAAUGAUCCAGUUUUAAUAAAUAAUGGAAAAGAUACUAAAAUGUUUCCAGACCAAAGUAUUUUAAGUUCUAAGAUAACAUGUCAUGCUCUUUCUGCAGAUUUUUUAGUAUAUGGUGACGAUAUAGGCAACAUUGUUUUUUUUUAUCUUGAAGAGUUUAAACAAGCUAGUAAAUAUACUCAUAAAAAUGGUAUAAAACAGGUCUACUUUGAUGCAAAUGGUUCUCAGUUAUGCUUUAUUGAUAAUAAGCUUGAUAUUUAUGUUUAUGAUCCAAUUAAUGAUAUAAUUUUGCAAGCAUCUAAUUGCCCUGAUUCUGUUGAAGGUGUUGUUUGGGAUCAAAAUCUAACAGAACGUACUAUUUUUGCAGUUUAUAAUAAUACUGUUAUUGCAACUUAUAUUUUUAUGAGAUAUCAUAUUGAAGGUUCCAGAAUUAUUAAAAUUAGUGAAACUAAGUUACCUUCUAAUUCCAUACCAGUAUUAAUGUACUCUGGUGAAAUGACGUUGUGUACAUCCAAUACUAAAUUAAUACAAAUUACUUUAUCAUCUCAUGAGGAAAUUGGAAAUAUAGUUGAAAAUAAAAAAUUAAUAGAGAUUCUUAAUAAGCAAAUUUUAUGUGAAAGAUUUCAACAAGCUUAUAAUACCUGUCAAAGAUUAAAUGAUAAAAAUGAAUGGCUCAAAUUAGCUGAAAGUACGCUUAAAAAUUUAAAUUUGGAAAUGGCUAUUAAAGUUUAUCGUUAUAUUGAGGAUGUUUCUAUGGUAUGGUCAAUACAGAAAUUGGAAAAUAUAAACGAACUUACGUUAUUAAAUGGUCAUGUAUGUACGCUUCUGGGAAAAUACGAUGAGGCAGAAAAGUAUUUCCUACGAUCAUCUCAACCUGUAGAAGCUUUAUAUUUAAGACGAGAUCUCAUGCAAUGGGUUCAAGCUUUGAAUUUAGCCCAAAAUUUGAAGCCAGAAGAAAUACCCUUUAUUGCUAGAGAAUAUGCUCAACAAUUGGAAUUCAUGGGAAAUUAUCCAAAAGCGUUGCUAAAUUAUGAGCGAGGAUUAACAGAAAUGACUACAACAUUAAUGCAUCAAAAUCCAAAUCACAGAAUGCAAUGUUUAUCUGGUAUAGCCCGCACAUCCAUUAAAUGUGGUGACUGUCGUAAAGGUGUAAAUAUUGCCAUGGAAAAUGACAGUCCAAGAUACUUAAAAAAAGAGUGUGCAGAAAUUUUAGAAACCAUUAAACAAUUUAAUGAAGCUGCUUUAUUGUAUGAAAAAGCUGAGUAUUUUGAUAAAGCGGUAUCGUUAUAUAUUCAAUUAAAAAAUUGGUAUAAAGUUGAACAACUUUUACCACAAAUAUUGUCAUCGAAAAUUAAUAUUCAGUAUGCAAAGGCAAAGGAAGCUGAAGGAAAAUAUGAAGAAGCUGCUAAGGCCUAUGAAACUGCCAAUGAUUAUGAUAACAUUAUAAGAAUUAAUUUACUACAUCUUAAUAAUCCAGCCCGAAGUGUUGAAGUUGUUCAACAAACAAAGAGUAUUGAAGGAGCUAAAAUGGUAGCACAAUUUUUUCAAAAAAUGAAUGAUUAUAAUUCUGCUAUAAAAUUUUUAAUACUAUCAAAUUGCCAUGAUGAAGCUUUUCAACUUGCUAAUCAGCAUAGUAAAAUGGAAUUAUAUGGUGAAAUUUUGGCUAAUAACAUUGACGAUGGCAAUGUGAGAAAGGAAGAUUUUAAGAGUCUAGCCAUUUAUUUCGAAUCCCAAAAGAAUUAUCUUUUAGUUGGAAAAUACUAUUUUCAUGCUGAAGAAUUUUAUAAAGCGUUGAAGUAUUUAUUAAAAUCAGCUCAAAUAUCGGCAAAUGAUAAUGAGGCAUUGAGUAUAGCCAUUGAUACCGUUGCUUUGUCAAAAGAUGAAAAGUUAGCAAAUCAACUUAUUGAUUUUCUUCUUGGAAGUGAUGGUUUACCAAAAGAUCCAAAAUAUCUAUUUCGUUUAUACAUGGCUCGUAAACAAUAUAGAGAAGCAGCAAAAACUGCAAUUAUUAUUGCUAAUGAAGAACAAAUUAAUGGAAAUUAUAGAAAUGCUCAUGAUAUUCUAUUUAGUAUGUAUCAAGAAUUAAAACGAAAUAAAAUUAAGGCUCCUUUGGAAAUGCAAACAAAUAUGAGACUUUUACAUUCAUAUAUUUUAGUACGCCUUCACGUAAAAAGAAAUGAUCAUUUAAAGGGAGCAAGGAUGUUAAUAAGAGUCGCUAAUAAUAUUUCAAAAUUUCCAUCUCAUGUUGUGCCGAUUCUAACAUCAACAGUAAUUGAAUGUCAUCGAGCAGGCCUCAAAAGCGCGGCUUUCGAUUUUGCAGCAAUGCUCAUGAGACCGGAAUAUAGGUCUCAAAUUGAUCCUAAAUAUAGCAAAAAAAUAGAGAUGAUUGUAAGAAAACCUUUACGUAUCAAGGAACAGGACGAGGACGAACCUUCCACAGCCUGUCCUUAUUGUAAGAAUCGACUUACUGAGACGGAGAUCAAUUGUGACAAAUGUAAAAAUACAAUCCCAUUUUGUAUAGCAACGGGUCGGCAUAUUGUAGAAGACGAUUUUACUGCCUGUCCACAAUGUGAUUUUCCAGCAAUAAAAAGUGAAUUCAUGAGGAUUAUCGAUACAGAUGAGACCUGCCCAAUCUGUUCCAAACAUGUGGAUCCAAAUAGUGUGCCUCAGAAUUUGGAUAUCUAUCCAUAUCUUUACUUUCAUAGUAACCAGAAAAAUUCCCAUGAGACUUUUGAAAACUAUUAA